UUCCCUGGCGGUUAAUUGAGGUUUAAGAGCGCGGACUUGGUGGGCUGAGCGGGGGAUGCUGCUGCUUUCGUCUCAUCCUCUCUGCAUGCACAUCACAGCGUGUAUCACAUGCAAGGACAGUACCUCGCCUGCGAAGGCUUUAAGAGGACAUUUUUGACUAAACAGGCUUUUAUGGAGUUUUGUUGUUGUCACUAAAUGCAAAUGAGAUCCGGCCGGCACACACUCUACACUUUACAGAACAUCUUGCUGCGCUCCUGAUGGAGGGGGGGUUGGGAGGCUUUCAGGAAGGACACCAUGUUUCCCUGUGUCUCCUCAUGGACUUCUGCUGAAGCAACCGCUCCUCUCUGCUAUGCCCCAUCCACUCCUGCAGCCCAGUCACCUGAUCAGACGCUUCCGGACCUGCUGCGCGGGUGUGCCACGCUCUCAGCCCCUCCCCUGAGCCCCUGUAUCGCUGACAUGGAGUCCCUCAUUGUGGUGACGGAGUAUGAACCUAGUGGGGGCAGGAUGGGCGACGAGGAGGAGGAGCCAGAGGAGAUGGAUAGCUCAGAGACACCUGAGCUGGCCUCAGCUCCACCUCCGCCCUUCCACGCGCCAUCCUGUGACCUUUUAUCGCAUACAGCCAGUCGACCUGAGGCUCUCUUCCCAGAUGCGCAGGAACACCGUGGCAGGCUAAACCUCUCUGACAGGAAGCUGUCACUGCAGGAGCGCUCACACACCCUCUCCUCUCCCUGCGGCUCACCUGGCCUCAACGGUCGGUAUAUCUACCCCUCACUGCCCUACUCGCCAAUCACCUCACCCCACUCGUCCCCUCGCUUACCUCGUCGACCCACAGUCGAGUCGCACCGAGUUUCCAUCACUGAUCUGCAGGACUGCGUGCAGCUGAACCAGUACAAGCUGAAAGAUGAGAUUGGAAAGGGGUCCUACGGAGUUGUCAAACUGGCCUACAAUGAAGACGACAACACCUACUACGCGAUGAAGGUCCUGUCCAAGAAGCGUCUGAUGCGGCAGGCUGGUUUCCCACGAAGACCUCCCCCUCGAGGGGCCCGCUCUGAUCCCGAGGGUCCACCCCAGCCCAAAGGCCCCCUGGAGCGGGUGUACCAGGAGAUCGCCAUUCUCAAGAAACUCGACCAUCCUAACGUGGUCAAACUGGUGGAGGUGUUGGAUGACCCAAGUGAGGACCAUCUGUACAUGGUGUUUGAACUGGUCAAGCGCGGUGCGGUGAUGGAGGUCCCCACUGACAAACACCUGAAUGAAGAGCAGGCUCGCUUCUACUUCCAGGACCUUCUCAGGGGAAUUGAAUACUUACACUAUCAGAAGAUCAUUCAUCGCGAUAUUAAGCCGUCUAACCUAUUGGUUGGCGAGGACGGACACAUUAAAAUCGCUGACUUUGGAGUCAGCAACCAAUUUGAGGGAACCGACGCCCUUCUGACCAGCACAGUGGGAACACCGGCAUUCCUCGCUCCAGAAACUCUCUCUGAGACCCGCAAAAACUUCUCGGGCAAGGCUCUGGAUGUUUGGGCCAUGGGGGUCACGCUGUACUGCUUCGUCUUUGGCGUGUGUCCCUUCAUGGAUGAGCGCAUACUCAGUCUGCACCAGAAGAUCAAAACUCAGCCCGUGGAACUUCCUGAGCAUGCCGACGUGUCUGAUGAUUUGAAGGACCUCCUUUUUAAGAUGCUGGAUAAAAAUCCUGAGAACCGCAUAACCGUGCCACAGAUCAAGGUUCACCCUUGGGUGACACGGCAUGGGGCAGAGCCUCUUCCUCCUGAGGAUGACAACUGCUGCAGUCUGAUUGAGGUGACCGAGGAGGAGGUGGAGAACUCAGUGAAACAUAUUCCCAGUCUGGCGACAGUGAUCUUGGUGCGCACCAUGCUGCGUAAGAGAUCAUUCGGGAAUCCUUUCGACUGGAGCCGCAGGGAGGACCGCAGCCCCACCGCCCAGGGACACAGCCUAAUAAAAGGGAGAGCAGGGAAUUUACGAUACUGCUACAUUCACGGUAACCAAAGGAAACAAGAGAGUGGAGACGGUGCACGCAGCGUGGACUUGCCCUUCGUAGGCGAGGAUGAAGUGCUUUCCUGAUGCCUCAUGCCUGACUGAAAGGGCUUAGUGUCUCGCGCCCCCGGGAAGUGGAUGAUGGGGGAUUUGGAACGGUUCCUGAGUGCCAUCGUGCAGCUGGGACACGAGGAUGGCGUGUGGGGCGUUUCCCGUACAACAUGCAUGCAUUUGUACAGUUUUACAGCAGCAUGCGCUGUGUGUUUGUGUGUCAUCUAAGGACACACUCUUCCUUACAUCUGUGCGUGUGAGUGUGAGCGAGUGUGUGUGUUUAUUUCCCCUCCUGUCCAGUGUGGAGGCUGUGCUUGCACUUUUACUAUAUGGAGUGAGCUCAUGCUAUUUCUUAAAGCACGUAUUGGAGGCGGUUGGAUUGAUUGGCUGUUUCUCUACACAGGAAGUGCAAAAAAAACCUCGGAAAACUCGGAAAUAUAGCUUCCAGUUAGCAUAAAGCUACUUGUAGCUUCUUGUAGUUAGCUGAUUUAGCCAAAGCUUUGUUUUAACCAGAUCAACGUAACCCGUUUAAUAAAAUCAGCACGUAGAUUUUCCUCGCGGUGAACGGAUUCCGUUAGUGACGGAUGGAUCCUCCGUGUUUGUAGGAUCAGGAACACUUUCAGGAAUUUAAACCACUUAUCAGGACGUCAAAAGGAAGACAACGUGGAUCGAGAAGUCAGACCGUGUCCAGAUCACCAUCAGGGUUUGAUAUUAAAUAUGUAUGAAAUGAAUUUCUUUAUAGAUCCUUUAUCAAAUAACUAGAAUGUAAAAAAAGAAUAAGGUUCUUGUGCAACAUUCUGCAAAAAAACUUUACUCAUUAGCUGCAUUGGACUGUCAAGCAAUAGAGGUCACUGCCGUAUCAGAUGAAGCUUGGUUAAAGUAACAGUGUUCGGUAUUUUUUGGAAUUUUAUUUUAUAGAUUGAACACUGAACAAAUCUAAAAACAUAGCUUUUCAUCUCCUCCUCUGCCAUUAGGUCAAACUAUUAAUAACGCUCCCAGAGUUGUGUCUCAAAUUGCGUACCAAGUAUUGGCACUCGUCACGUAAACCUUAUGUCCAAGACUUUAAUCUUAAACGUAUUGGAACACUAUCAUUUUAUUCGAACUUUUAUUUUUAACCUUUAGUUGAAUUAUAUGCAAAAUACUGGUUUCCCCCACAGUUAAGGGAGAGAGUAGCAUUGAGUUUUGUGCUCUCUAACAAGAUUUGUGCAUGUGGAUUUCAUGCUAUCAUAAAUCUUACUAUCGUAGUCUGUGAUUUGAGACACAGCCCAGGUUAGUGCUAAACCCAAACACCCAGCUAUUCGCUUAAAUGAAAAAGCCCGUUUGCAAUGUUAGUAAUCCCUUCAGCCUGUUGUCAUACGCUUUGUAUGUUUUGCUAAAAUAUUACAGUUAGUGUGCGGCUCAAGUCUAUUAUAAAUAUUAUUAAAAAUUUCUCUCUAGCAAGUCCUUAAUGGUUAAAGGUAAAACGGCCUGUCUUGGUAAACUACAUUCAGGUUAGUGUGUGUGUGCGUGUGUGUGUGUGUGUUAUAAAUGUGAACACACUCACUAAUGGAUCAGGUCAAGUCAGGAAACUGUUUCUUUUUUCUUUAAUGGGGACAGCUGUUUGAGGGAAUUUUACAAAAUUCCCCUUCACCCAAAAUGUAGUCAAGACAAGACAUGUUUGGUGUAUACAAGGUUAACAUAGCUAUGAGUGAAGCAUUGUCCAGAGAUUUGACAUUCUUCAGGACCUAUUAAGAUAAUAGUUACUGUAUAUUUCUGUUACAUUUAAUAUGGAACAUAGAAAUGGUGUAUAGUGAGCUGCCCUUUGAGAUGACUUAGACAUCCACCAUGCUCCACCAACUGGUGGUUUCUAUUACUUUAUAGCUACAUUAGCCUUGUAACUGCAUUGGAAAAUACCAGUCGUCCAACACCAAACAUGAUAGGGACAUAGCUGAUUUGUUGUCCAUUUAAUUUGGUUCCUUGUUUUUUUUUUAAGGGUAAUUUAGUCAUAUUCAGUAUUUGCAAACCUCCUUUUUAUGAUAAACUGAUCUUUUACCAAAAUAUUACAAACUGGUGCAUCUUUGGGUAAAAAAAACAAAGAAGAGGCGUGGUCAUGUUAAAAGUGUAUUAGUUAUUGACAUUUCAAUAAUAGACAUAUAGAUUGCAUCAUUUUUUAGAGAAAUACAAUAACUUUUACAAUCUAUGCAUGACUUGAUUGAACUUUUUGGACAUAAAUGUAUGCCUUACAUUUCAUUGUAACUUUUUGAUACUAUAUAGGUAAAGUAGGAUCAUUUAUGCUUGAGCUGCGGUAGUGUAGAACAGUUGUGUGUGUGUGUGUGUGUGUGUUGUGUGAUUUUCUUUGCUUCUGAGCUUUUGCUCUUCUUCAGCUGUAUAUCAUUGUGCUUGUGGCUGCUGCUGUUCUGUCACUGAACUUCCUUUAUGCCGCACACACACGCACAUACACAUACACACACACACACACACACCUUGAUGUUAAAUAGUUUUGUGCUUCCACGGUGAGGAGGGAUCGUCUUUGAGCACGAGUAUGUCGAGUUUUCUGCAUUUCGCUUCUUGCAUGUUGACUGAGAGCGCAGUGUGGUUUUUAUCUCUAUUACUAUGCACAUGUAGCUGUGUUUGUUGUGCUGAUGUUGAAUAUCAGGAGAAGAGGUUCUAAUGGAGUGUGUAUUAUUUACUGAUAUUUACAAGGCCUCAUAAAGAAGUACAAUAUUAUGUACUUGCACUAUUUUCCGGAUUAUAAGACUUUCAAUUGCAGCUCUUUUCCACCAGGCAGUGCAGCUUGUCUCAGUUAACAAGCUCUUAAUUAGACGACUUAACAUGUUAUACUGUGACAUAAUUUAGUUUUGCUUUUCACGUCAACUAAAAACACGGAUGUGUGGGCGGAGCUAACAGUGCUGAUCACUGAUUGGUCAAACUCAGCGGUGCCAGAAUAGAUCUCUGACUCGAUUGACUAAAAAAGCCCAAAUAGCUUCUAAAUCACUGUAUGUGAUUGCACUAGAUGACCAAUAAAACACAAAUUUAACUAUGGAGAAUAGCACUAGACAAAGUUUGCACUCAACAGCCUCGGUAUUUUUACAAAGAAGUAAAAGUUUUGGCACCCUUUGCCUGUUGUUUGGCUCCUUGAAACUGUCAUGUAAUCGGUGGCAGCUGACAGACACGCACUUAUUAUAACCCAAAAAUUAAAUCAGAUGAUAAAAUCGUAAGUAGUACGUAAAUGCUUAUCACGUCACUAAUCUCCACCUUCGAUCACACCCUCUUCAUGUCUGAGACUCUCUGGACAGCUGUGGAUACAAUGUUGGACCAGAAGGUUCAUCCCAAUCCUGCAAAGCUGGAUAAGGGUGUCUCUCAAAUGCUGUUCACAGAUACAGAAAUUCAACCAGGUUCUGGAUUUGUUAUUGUACAGUGCUGUCUGGUGGAAAAGUGCUAUUCGUGUACUGCAGACAUCUAUGGAAUACUGAUAUUUGACAAGUAUUGUAGAAGCAUCUUUGCAUGUUCCAACCACAACAGAACACAGCAUAAGGCAGAACCUAUUGGGUUUUAUGUUAAAAAAAGAGCUCAACAGAUAUUUACCACAAUGGCAAGAACAAAAAUCGAAUUAAAAUUUAUGCUUUUAAUGAUCCGGAACAAAUUAAAUGUGACUGUACUAUAUUACAGAUUUGGACCUGGAUAUUUACCCUGGCCCAUAUUCAGAGCUGGUGACUUAAGCCCGAAGGUUCUGUCAAGAUUUACAGGAAGAAAUUUGUACACGUUUAGUUCAGUUACAUAGGUAUUUAAGUUGAUUUCUGGGCUUCCAAUUAAGAGCAUUAAAAAUCAUUUGCAUGCAGAUCGGUGUCCCCACUAAUUUCCUCUCGAGUAGAAGUGACAGAGACAGGGUUUUCCCAAUAGCAUCUAGACAACUGCCUUCAAACACAAGCGCUUGCCUUUAAACCAGAGAAGAAAAAAAAUCAGGGAUAGGAAGUUUCCUUUGCUGUCAAAUAUGACAUGACAUGUUAAAGACGUUUAAAAAUAAAAAAAUAAAAAUAUGAUACAGUAUCUGAAUUAGAAGGAUGCAAGGUUUGACAUUAACCAUCUAGUAGGAGCUUUAAUUUGGAUUAAUUCAACAAUAUAACUUCCACUCUCAUUAUUCAACAGCUCCAAUAAAUGAAUUUUUAGCACAUAUUAUUUUGCAUUUUAUUUAUUUCUUUAAACAUUUGUUUUUUUAAAUAAGUGCUGCUGAUUUGAAGGAUACUUUGGGCUCACCAAGACCCGUCAUGCCAAAUUCACAAGUUUAUCUAUUUAUAUUUUUAAUCGAAAUUGGGUUCAUGAUUUAAGCAGUGUCUUAGAUUGAGAUGCAUGUCUCUGUGUAAAAAAAUAAUAAUUAAAGGGUCGUAAAGAUUAAUGAAUUAUCUCGUAUUUAUAUAUAUUUAAUAUUGGCUUUAAAUGUCUUUUUUGUCUUUAGUCUCUUACAGCCCAAAUAUAAAUUUCAGCGUACUUCUAGUUACAUCAAACCAUCAAACAAUAGCAGUGGACUUAAUACUACUUCUUGUUCAGCCUUAAGUCAAAAGUCAGAGCUGAGACUUUCCUCUGUUACCUUUAAAAGUGUCAAGUUGCGAGCAUAAACACAGUGUCUGAGGUCUGAAUAAUUUUAUGUGCAAUUUUGGUAUGAAAUACUCACUGCAUGCACAUGAACUCUGAGUACGGUCCAAAAACAAAGGCAGAUCAAGUGACACUUCAAAACAAAACCGAAUGUUGUUGUAUUGUUCAAUAUAAAAUAUCGUAUUAACUUGCCAAAAAAUAUACUUAUUUUCAACAUAUACCCUAUUAUAUGCAGAACGCCACUCGCUCAGGUGCGUUUGCUUACGUUUUUUCCCCACAAACCUUACAAAUGGUACAAGUUGAACUAAAAUUCAGCUGCAGUUUAAAAGCAACAAUGCUGAAAGAUAUUUGUAUAUGUAUAUACAUGUAGGCUUUUUAUCUCAAUGGUGUGUGCCCAGGUUUGACUGAAGGGCUAGAGGACAUAUCACUUACACACACACGUAGGGUUAUAGCACCAGUAGUAAAAAAGUGUUUACAUGGAUUUAACUGCAUGCCAUCAUCAUUAUCAUCAUCAUCAGCACACACCAUUUCUGAGCAUGUUGGAAUGUUUGACACGAGUCACAGUGAUCUUAUCACUUAUCACUCUAUACAUAUUGUAACCUGUUCAAUAUUUGAAUAAACCGAAUAAAUAUUUGAUUAAAUUGCCAUUA